AUGGUCAACAUCACCUCCGGUCCAGUUGGUGAGAUCAUAGCCACACCCGCAGAUGGCACUCCGCCGGUCACUUACAAUCCAGGCGAUCUGGCGUGGAUGCUGAUGGCGAGCGCGCUGGUGAUGAUUAUGACUCCUGGGCUGGGAUUCUUCUACUCAGGUCUCCUCAGACGGAAAAACGCCCUGUCGAUGAUCUUCAUGUCCAUGGCCGUCUAUGGCGUCGUCUCCUUCCAAUGGUUCUUCUGGGGAUACAGUCUCUCCUUCGCCCCGAAUGCUUCUGCCUUUAUCGGCACUCUGGCUAACUUCGGCUUCAUGGAUGUCGAUCUGCAGCCGUCAAUCGGGGGUCCUAAGAUCCCAGCCCUAGGAUACGCAAUUUAUCAAAUGAUGUUCGCAGCUAUCACUCCCAUGAUUGCCCUCGGCGCUAUUGCCGAACGAGGGCGGAUCGCCCCUGCCUUAGUGUUUACCUUUGUCUGGUCUACCCUUGUCUAUGAUCCUAUUGCAUGCUGGACCUGGAACCCAAACGGAUGGACCGCCAAGAUGGGAACGCUUGAUUUCGCCGGCGGAGGCCCUGUCCACAUGAGCUCUGGAACCGCCGCUCUCGCUUACAGCAUCUGGCUCGGAAAAAGACGGGGCUACGGAACUGAGAAACUUGCGUACAGGCCUCACAACGUAUCACAUGUUGUCCUAGGAACUGCUCUCUUGUGGUUUGGAUGGUUUGGUUUUAAUGGUGGAUCGGCCCUGGCUGCUAACUUGCGAGCAUUCCAGGCUAUCAUGGUCACAAAUACGGCCUCUGCGGUUGGAGGGCUGACUUGGUUGCUGCUAGAUUACUAUCAAGAGCGCAAAUGGUCUCCGGUCGGAUUCUGCUCAGGAGCAAUCGCGGGCUUAGUUGGGGUUACCCCUGCCUCUGGUUACAUCGGAACGCCUGCAAGUGUUGCCAUUGGAGUGAUCACCGCGGUGGUUUGCAAUUACUCAACCAAACUGAAAAUCCUGCUAGGAUGCGAUGAUGCACUUGAUAUCUUUGCCUCUCACGGAAUCGGAGGUUUCGUCGGCUCGAUAUUGACCGGGAUCUUUGCCGAUAAUCGGGUUGCUGCAUUUGACGGGACAACUGCGAUUCCAGGUGGAUGGAUUAACCAUCAUUACAUGCAAAUCCUCUAUCAACUCGGAAGCUCGUGCGCCAUCAUGGCAUACGCCUUUGUGGCCACUCUGAUUAUCCUUAUCGUCAUGAACUACAUCCCUGGACUCUCCCUACGUGCUACCCCUGAGGCCGAGGUGAUUGGAAUUGAUGAACAUGAGCUUGGAGAAUGUGCUUACGAUUAUGCUCUCCUGGAAAGAGACCUCGAGAAUCUUGAUUAUCACGAUGAGCUCCUGAAAGCCACCCGAGAAACGGGUGGAGGAUCGGCUGAAUCUCACAAUAGCUCGAUGAUGAUGGCUCAGCGACAAUCACCGGAAGUAGAACGAGUCGACGUGCCAGCAUCCAACCCAAAUUUUAAAAUUUAG